AUGUAUUCAGUAGCUUGGGCUGUUGUGGAGACGAAGACAAAUGAGAGUUGGGUCUGGUUCAUUGGUCUUUUAAUCAAAGACUUGGACAUUAACGAUCAAGGAGCUGGAUGGGUCUUUAUUUCUGAUAAGCAAAAGGUUAAAUUUAUUUACUGCCUUAUUCAAUUAUUGAAAAGGUUUAGUCGUGUCGAUGGAGCGGCUUAA